AUGAGCAGCUUCAAUAUCGAUGAACAACGUCAACUGAUUCAUAGUGCUACAGAUUACCUCAAAAGUAGACUAAAUGCUCAUUUUAAGGAUUUUGGAGAGUUUGCUCCAAGAACUUUAAUCAUUUGUGGUUCAGGUCUUGGUGGAAUCACUACAAGAUUAACCACAUCGAAUCCAGAGCCUUUGGCAAUUACUUAUGGAGAGAUCCCAGGUUUCAAGAAAAGUACUGUGGAAGGACAUACCGGUACAUUGAUCUUCGGUCUCAUGAAGGGUUCGCCAGUGGUUCUAAUGAAUGGUCGUCUUCACAGUUACGAAGGUCACAGUAUGCAUGAUGCAACUUUUCCAAUCAGAGUUUUGAACCACAUGGGGGAUGUCAAGACUUUGAUAGUAACUAAUGCAGCUGGUGGAUUGAAUCCCGCUUACAACUCCGCCGAGCUUAUGUGCAUUUACGAUCACAUCAAUCUCCCAGGUUUCUCAGGUCUACAUCCGUUAAAGGGCCCCAAUUUUGAUGAAGUUGGUCCUCGCUUCUUGCCAAUGAGUGAUGCCUAUGACUUAGAAUUGAGGAAACUUCUAUUCAAGAAAAAAGAGGAACUUAAGAUCGAAAGACCACUUCACGAAGGUACUUACGUGUUCGUAUCAGGUCCCACUUUUGAAACAAGGGCCGAAAGCCGUAUGCUCAGAUCCAUCGGAGGUGAUGCCGUUGGAAUGAGUACUGUUCCAGAGGUCAUCAUUGCCAGACACAGUGGUUGGAGAGUUUUAGCUUUAAGUUUGGUUACCAAUAACUGCGUUAUGGAUAAGCCACCAAGUGUGCAUGAUGAACACCCCAAGUCAAUGGAUGAAGGUAUCGCCUCCCAUGAAGAAGUCUUGGAAAACGGUAAGAAGGCAUCUCUAGAUGUCGAACGACUAAUCGAAAACGUGGUAACAGAAUUGUAA